AUGAAGAAGGCCGUCCUAAAAAGCAAAAAAGACAAACAAAUCGACUUCAACGUCAAGUCAUCUGUGCAUAACUUGAGCAAAACUCAGCAGACCAAACUCACUGUGGGGAACCUGGGCCUAGGCCUGAUCAUCAUCCAGAAUGGGCCCUACCUCCAGAUCACCCACCUCAUCAGGAAGGGGGCUGCGGCCAGGGAUGGAAAACUCAAGCCAGGUGAUGUUCUGAUUAGUGUUGGCCAUGCCAACGUGUUAGGAUAUACUCUUCGAGAAUUUUUAAAACUUUUGCAGCAAAUCACCAUAGGAACAGUGCUACAAAUCAAGAUUUACCGAGAUUUUAUUGAGAUACCCCGAGAAUGGCAAGAAAUCUCUGAUUUAAUCCCUGAGACCAAAUUCCCAGUAACAUGCCCAACAAAGAAAACUGAGCAGGCAAAAGACGACCCUUUAGCAAGCAGUGAUGACAACGAAGAUGUAGUUUCAGAUAAGAAACUUAAGUAUUAUAAAUAUCCAGGGUCCACUGGGCCUCAGUCUGCAACGAGACCAAUGUCUAUCUCUAGAGAGUGGCAUGGAUAUAAAAAGAAGAACCGUACUAUCAGUGUAGGGAAAGACAUUAACUGUGACGUGAUGAUUCACAGAGACCACAAGAAGGAAGUGAGAGCCCCUUCUCCAUACUGGACAAUGGUGAAACAUGACAAUGAGAGCUCAUCCUCCUCCACAGCCUCCUCCACCUCGGAUGCAUUUUGGCUGGAAGACUAUGCCCAAGUUGAAAAGUGCAAGGGUCAACCUGUCUCAAAAGUUGCUUAG